GGGCACCGAUGGCUCUAAUCCCGCUUCUGCUACUGGCCCUCCCAUGGGUGGUUUUGUUGUGUGCAGGAUAUUCCAGAAGAGCGGCUCUGGACCACAGAAUGGGGCCCAAUAUGGGGCACCCUUCAUCGAGGAAGAAUGGGCGGAGGAAGCUGAAGAUUUCCUUUUCAAGACGGAAGAGGUAUCAACAUGUGCUGGUGGUGGUGGGCAGGAAUAUGUUCAAACCAAUGAUUUUGAAGAAGAGAAACAAGAUCUGGGUGAUCAACAUAAAAGUGCGGCAAGUGUUACUCUUUUACAGGCGCAGUCUGAGGGGCAGGACUGUGGAAGUCAUGCAGAUGACCCGACUGUCUUACUUGAGGAGAUACUUAACUUGGACACUUAUAUUAAUGAACCUGGACUGCAGGAUGGCUUUAAUAGCAGUAAUGACAUGGGAGAAAAUUCUGGAGGCAUGGUAGAACAGUCGCACAGCCCUUCAGGCCAGAAUGAUGGAUAUCUGGAACUAAAAGACAUUUUUGCUGAUUCGAAUGGUCCUUGUAAUACCAACUUGACUGAUGUUCUACGUGUGCACAAUGAUCGUUCUGUGGACAAUGGUCUAAAUGAAGCUAACACUUGGUUGGAAGCAGAUGGCGCUGAAGAACUGAAUAAAGUCUGUCAGCCAGCUGAGGCUAUGUAUAGUCUGCAUCCUGAUGACUUUCUUAAUUCCGAUAUGGGUGGUUAUCCUUCUGGUCAGCUCGCGGAAGAGGAGGUUGUGUUCUAUGAUGCACCGAGUGACGAACCUCCUAGCAAUGAAGAAUAUUUUUCAAAUAUGGAUGGCAUUCAGUUCUCACCUGCAGCUGACUUAUCUGGUUUUGAUAUGGUGGAUGAUUUAAUGGCUUACUUUGACGCUACAGACAAUAAUUUACAAUAUGAUGUGGGCUCCGAGUUUGUAGCCCAGUCGAAUGCCGUUUCGGAGGUUGAAGCUGAUGCUUAUCCCACAAGCAAAACAACAGUACAGGUUCCAGGGACAAGCAUUGAAAGGGGUGCUUCCUCAUCAUUCACAGGUCCCACUAAGGAGUUGGAACGUGUAUACGAGGAUAAGGCUGCUGUAACAGAUAUGCAAGUGGGUAAUACUUGGAAUAACUCGCUUAGAAAGCGUGUUGUGGACAUGUUGGGCUCGAUCUCAGCACCACCAGCUAUGGCUGAAGGUUCAGUUAAAGGAAAAGCUGCUCUAUUUGCUUCAACAAACUCAUCUAGCUCUGUUCAAGUUUCUACUGGUAUCAUCCAAAUACACGGCAUAACAGUAAUGGGAAGUAGUGAAGAACACUGGACUCUGCAGAAGAAUGGAGACACGAGCUUCCUCCUUUCCUAUGGCAUGGCUGCUAACGGGAGAUCUUUAUGCUUCGAAACGAGCAAGAGGUUGCGGGGUGGAGCGCUGGGUAUGCUGCUUAGAGGCGGGGUCUAUCUCUUUGGCCUCUCGGUACUGGUUCUCUCUGCGAGCCUCAAGGUGGGCUUGUGUGUUUAUACCAAGUGAACGAGUAGUGUUGGUUGAUUAUGGUACUCUCUCUCUGCCAGCUUCAAACCGAGUUUGCGUUAGUUGAUUAUAUAGUAAUGAAUCUAGGUGGUUAAAUAAUUUUAUGAUUUAUAGUGGGUUUCCUAAGGAUUUGGUAAGGAUGAAGGACCAACAAGUCAUUUAUAACUUUUUGCUACGAUGUGUAUUACUAGCUCUUCAUGUUGUAACCGAAGCAUUGAGACUAACGGUGUAACUUUAUAAAUGACUCUUAUAGUAUUUUGAUACCUAAAAUUGCGUUCAUGCUCAAA